AUGGAGGAGGCAGAGGGGACCCCAGAGAAGCAUAUCCCAGUAAGCGAGCCUGUGUGUGUGUCCCCCACAGGUGUAGUGCUGGCACAGCGGCAUGUUGCCGUCCAGGAAGGACCCCUGUACCGCACGGAGGGCUCCCACAUCACCAUCUGGUGCAACGUGAGUGGCUACCAGGGGCCUUCUGAGCAGAAUUUCCAGUGGUCCAUUUACCUGCCGUCCGCCCCGGAGCGCGAGGUCCAGAUCGUCAGCACCGUGGACUCUUCCUUCCCUUAUGCCAUCUAUACCCAGCGUGUCCGUGGGGGGAAGAUCUACGUGGAGAGGGUCCAGGGGAACUCGGCCUUGUUGCACAUCACCGAUCUCCAGGCCCGGGAUGCCGGGGAGUACGAGUGCCACACGCCCAACACGGAUGAGCGGUACUUUGGGAGUUACAGUGCCAAGAUGAACCUAGUAGUGAUCCCUGACACUCUGCAGACCACGGCCAUACCGCAGACUCUGCACAAAGUGGAGCAGGACCCUCUGGAGCUGACCUGUGAGGUGGCCACGGAGACGUUUCAGCACAGCCACCUGUCUGUGGCCUGGCUCCGGCAGAGAGGGGGCGAGAAGCCCGUGGAGGUGAUUUCCCUGAGCCGAGAUUUCGUGCUUCACUCCAGCAGCGAAUAUGCGCAGAGGCAGAGUCUGGGGGAGGUACGGCUGGACAAGCUGGGGAGCACCACCUUCCGCCUCACCGUCUUCCACCUGCGGCCCUCCGACCAGGGCGAGUUCUACUGUGAGGCUGCCGAGUGGAUCCAGGAUCCGGAUGGCUCGUGGUAUGCCAUGACCCGAAAGCGUUCCGAGGGAACCGUGGUCAACGUCCAGCCCACUGACAAAGAGUUCACCGUGCGGCUGGAAACGGAGAAGCGGCUGUACACGGUGGGUGAACCAGUGGAGUUCAGAUGCAUCCUGGAGGCUCAGAACGUUCCCGACCGUUACUUUGCCGUCUCCUGGGCCUUCAACAGCUCGCUCAUUGCCAGCAUGGGGCCCAAUGCAGUGCCGGUCCUCAACAGUGAAUUUGCCCAUCGGGAAGCCAGGGGCCAGCUGAAAGUGGCCAAAGAGAGCGACAGUGUCUUUGUGCUGAAGAUCUAUCACCUCCGCCAGGAUGACAGCGGGAAAUACAACUGUCGUGUGACAGAGAGAGAGAAAACGGUCACCGGGGAAUUCAUCGACAAGGAGAGCAAGCGGCCCAAGAACAUCCCCAUCAUCGUCCUCCCCAUCACAGAUAACUGGGUAGUUAAAGUCCCUCAGCACCACCAGAUCCUGCCCCAAGGCCACUUGGAGAGCAGCAUCUCCGUGGAGGUGGCCAGCAACGCCAGCGUCAUCCUUGAGGGUGAGCACCUGCACUUCUCCUGCAGCGUCCGCACGGCGGGCAGGCCGCAGGGCCGCUUCUCGGUCAUCUGGCAGCUCGUGGACCGGCAGAACCGCCGCAGCAACAUCAUGUGGCUGGACCGGGACGGCACCGUGCAGCCAGGCGCAUCCUACUGGGAGCGCAGCAGCUUCGGGGGCAUCCAGAUGGAGCAGGUGCAGCCCAACUCGUUCAGCCUGGGCAUCUUCAACAGCAGGAAGGAGGACGAGGGCCAGUACGAGUGCCACGUGACCGAAUGGGUGCGGGCAGUGGACGGCGAGUGGCAGAUCGUGGGGGAGCGCCGGGCCAGCACCCCCAUCUCCAUCACGGCUCUCGAAAUGGGCUUCGCGGUCACAGCCAUCUCGCGCACGCCAGGUGUGACCUACAGCGACUCCUUUGACCUGCAGUGCAUCAUCAAACCCCAUUACCCGGCCCGGGUCCCCGUGUCCGUGACCUGGCGGUUCCAGCCAGUUGGCACCAUCGAGUUUCACGACCUGGUGACCUUCACCCGGGACGGGGGGGUCCAGUGGGGGGACAGGUCCUCCAGCUUCCGGACCCGAACGGCCAUCGAGAAGGCCGAGUCCAGCAACAACGUGCGCCUGAGCAUCAGCCGGGCCAGCGACACAGAGGCGGGCAAGUACCAGUGCGUGGCUGAGCUGUGGCGGAAGAACUACAACAACUCCUGGACGCGGCUGGCGGAGCGGACCUCCAACCUGCUGGAGAUCAGGGUGCUGCAGCCAGUGACAAAGCUGCAGGUGAGCAAGUCGAAGAGGACCCUCACUCUGGUGGAAAACAGGCCCAUCCAGCUGAACUGCUCGGUUAAGUCUCAGACCAGCUCGAACUCCCACUUUGCGGUGCUCUGGUACGUGCAUAAGCCCUCAGAUGCUGACGGGAAGCUCAUCCUGAAAACCACCCACAGCUCCGCCUUCGAGUACGGCACCUAUGCCGAGGAGGAGGGCCUGAGGCCCCGGCUGCAGUUUGAGAGGCACUUUUCCGGGGGCUUGUUCAGCCUCACCGUGCAGAGGGCCGAGGUCAGUGACAGUGGCAGCUACUACUGCCACGUGGAGGAGUGGCUGCUGAGCCCCAACUAUGCCUGGUACAAGCUGGCUGAGGAGGUUUCGGGGCGCACGGAAGUCACUGUGAAGCGGCCAGACAGCCGCCUGAAGCUCAGCCAAGCGCAGGGGAAUCUGUCGGUCCUGGAGACGCAGCAGGUGCAGCUGGAGUGUGUGGUGCUGAACCGCACCAGCGCUGCAUCCCAGCUCGUGGUCGAGUGGUUUGUCUGGAAGCCCAACCACCCGGAGCGGGAGACUGUGGCCCGCCUGAGCCGCGAGGCCACCUUCCACUAUGGAGAGCAGGCGGCCAAAAACAACCUGAAGGGGCGGCUGCAUCUGGAGAGUCCUUCGUCCGGCGUGUAUCGGCUGUUCAUCCAGAACGUGGCGGUGCAGGACAGCGGGACCUACAGCUGCCGCGUGGAGGAGUGGCUCCCCAGCCCCAGCGGCGUGUGGUAUAAGCGGGCAGAGGACACUGCCGGGCAGAUGGCUGUUACUGUCAUGCGGCCAGACGCCGCCCUGCAGGUGGACACGGUGGUCCCCAAUGCCACGGUGUCCGAGAAGGCAGCUUUCCAGCUGGACUGUAGCAUCGUUUCUCGAUCAAGUCAGGACUCCCGUUUUGCCGUGGCCUGGUACUCUCUGAGGACUAAAGCUGGAGGGGGUUCCACCCUGCAGUCCAUCAUCUGCUCCAACGACGCACUCUUCUACUUUGUCUUCUUCUACCCCUUCCCCAUCUUCGGCAUCCUCAUCAUCACCAUCCUGCUGGUGCGCUUCAAGAGCCGUAACUCCAGCAAGAGCUCCGACGGGAAGAAUGGGGUGCCCCUGUUGUGGAUCAAAGAACCACACCUCAACUACUCCCCCACAUGCCUGGAGCCCCCUGUGCUCAGUAUCCACCCAGGAGCCAUAGACUAA